UCUUCCGGAUAAGCUUCGUCGCGAUUCUCAUUUUCAAAACAGCGGCGACGCAGAAAACACUUUGAUUUCCCUUCACAAACACUGACGAUUCACCCUUCGAAUAGCCAUUUCCGAUCAUCCACCACCCUUCGACCCAUCAGCCCUAACAUCAUUCUUCUUCAACAUUCUCCCGAGUGAGGGAGAGAUCGGAAAAUUCUUCAGAGAACAGAGGAUGUCAGUUCUGGCGGCGAACGCUUACAAUGUUCUGUGCAAAGAAAUUUACCCGAGAGAGCAGCAGCACCAGCAGCUGUUGUAUAGCGGCGGCGGCGGCUGUUUGUUUCUGUGGAAAUCGUCCGGGUUUGGUACGGAUCGCAGAAGAGGAGGAGAGCUAUGGCGGAAAAUAGCGAAGAGGGAGUGCAGAGCGGCGGCGUUUUGGCCCGAUCUUUCGAGACCCGCUUCCGUAGAAAUGGAACCCAUCAAAGAUUGUGAUCAAUUGGACCAGAUUCUACUCCAAGCCAGCGAACACUGCCGCCCCAUCAUCAUCGAUUGGAUGGCUGCUUGGUGCCGGAAAUGCAUUUAUUUGAAGCCUAAAUUGGAAAAAUUAGCUGCCGAGUACGACACAAAGAUCAAGUUCUACUGCGUGGAUGUGAACAGUGUGUCCCAGGCUCUGGUGAAGAGGGGAAACAUAUCAGUAUGCAUCAUGAUAAUAAUUUAUGCAUCUCUCUCUCUUUUGGGGGUUUAUAAACUUUGUGUUUUGAACUUUCUGUGCAUUACAUUAAUGAUGUUCUUAUGGGUCCUCUUUUUUGUUUUUUGGUGGUCAGAAAAUGCCAACGAUCCAGGUGAGGCCAUCUCUGAUUUUUGCUCAUAUGUAAAAAAGAUGUACUGUGUAGUCUGUACUGAUUAAAAUGCAGAGAAGGAGAAGUAAAGGGUGAAGAUAAUUUACUGAGGGUUUUGUUGUGAAUGGCAGCUGUGGAGGGAUGGGGAGAUGAAGGCAGAAGUGAUAGGAGGGCACAAAGCAUGGCUUGUGUUGGAUGAAGUGAGAGAAAUGAUUCAAAAGUUUUUGUGAUCAAUGUCUGUAGUAUUCUAUUUGUACAUCCCUCUCAUUAUAUAUAACAUACACUUUUUUGGGUUUUCCUUCAAUGGGGCAAAUCAAGUGUACAUCCUGUUCUAUGAAUGUAAGCUUUUUUCUGUGCA